AUGUCCUCCUGGGAGACUCCUGGGCGAUCUGCCAGAACCUUGGCUAUCGCGGCUGGUGACCUCUGCUUCGGUCAGGCCCGGCGUCUGCCUGGUGAGCGCGUCGGCUAUGGCGCCCGCCAACUGCGACUCGGUGACCCCUGGCCUCUCAACCAGCGCCUUGGCUAUCGUGUCUCCGACCUGUGCCUCGGUGAGGCCCGGCGUCUGCUUUGCGAGCGCAUCGGCGAUUGCGCCCGCCACCUGGGCUUCGGUGACUCCGGGCUGAUUUGCAAGCGCCCCGGCUAUCGCGUUUCCUACCUGCGACCUGUCACUCCGGGCUGA